AUGGCGACCAGACCACCCAUGAUGCCGCCUCAUAAUGAGACGGAGCACAGUGUCCACCGCACUACGCGCGAGGGCAAACGAAUCACCUAUAAAUUGAGUGUGAUGCAACAGCCCGAACGAGCUCGAGCCUGUGGCGCCGGAGCGAAGUCAUCUGCUGACCGUCGCCCCGUCGACCCUCCGCCCGUGGUUGAACUGCGAAUCUUCGAGUCCGAGCCCGGUAACGAGGCACAGAAGACCGACAUCACCUUCGCCUAUAAUGCCAAUUUCUUUCUUUACGCGACCCUGGACACCGCACGCCCCAUUGCCCACGGUCGGGUGGCUGGUCCGCCCUCGUGCCCCGUACUAACUGGUGUGCCGGUCGCUGGUGUUGCAUACCUCGACCGUCCAUCGCAGGCUGGCUACUUUAUCUUCCCCGAUCUCUCGGUGCGCCAUGAGGGUCGCUACCGAUUGAACUUUCACCUCUACGAGGAGGUCAAGGAUGCCAAGGACGCCGAUCAGGACUCGCAUCUGCCCAUCCCUAACCAGGUCGCUCGCCCGAACACAUCAAAACCGGGCUCGCCGCAGGCCUUUCUGCACUUCCGCCUCGAGGUCAAGUCGGUGCCCUUCACUGUGUACAGCGCGAAGAAGUUCCCGGGGCUGGCAACCAGCACAUCUCUCAGCCGUAUUAUCGCGGAGCAGGGUUGUCGUGUUCGUAUUCGCCGUGAUGUUCGUAUGAGACGUCGGGGCGACAAGCGGGAUGAAGAUUAUGAGUUCGAUGAGGACAGGACUGCUAUGUACGGGCGAUCGACGGAUCGAUACUCCACGCCCGACCGCUACGCCACAACGGUUGAGCGCCCACGCUCAAACAGCAACAAUAGCGUUAUCGAGUCUUCGUACGGUUUCCCACCAGAUGUUCAACGACGGCCAUCCGCUCCGGACUACGGGUUCCAAUGCCCGCAACCAUACCAGCGCCCCGUGCCCCCACCUCCCAUGGCACCUGCACAAAUGCCCUCUUAUCAAUCACACCUCUCAUUUGGCUCGACGCCAACCCAGUAUCCGGCUCCCCAUCUUCCUCCUACGCCGCCACCAGCUGCACCGCCUAGCAUGUACUCGCCGCACCCCACAUACGCCAAUUUACGCGCACCCAGCUCUGUGGAUUAUGAAGCAUCGCCUGCUGGAUAUCCGUGUGCACCGCAGGCUCCGGAGCGAACUGGUUACCCCACGGCUUCUCUGAAUUAUCGCAUGGAACCCUCGAAAGCCCAACCUUAUGUGGAUCCCCGCAUGGCUGAACAGAGUCUAUACCAGCCCAUGGCUCAGCCGGUGAUGCCUCGUGCUCAGACUCCUAGCAUGGCACACCUCCCAUCCCUCAAGGCUCUUUCGAGCGAAUAUGUCAACCAUAUUGUCCCGUCUGUGGAGACCUCUUCACCGAACCCCGGAUAUGAUGCCAUGUCAGGAAAGCGGAUGCUUUACCAAACCGGCCCCACGGCCAUGAAGCGCACCCACGAGGACUCAUUCGGCCUCGAUGAACGAUCAAUGCAGAAUGGGAUGCGGCCCGACACAGAAUCCUACCCUACCACCUAUCGCGAUUUUUCUGCCGAAAGCCGGGGCCGCAUUGAUGGCCGAGUUGGGUGUGGAGAUGGCUUACAAACGUGCCAAUGGGCGAAUGGUCAUGAAGGUCCCGCCAACGCUUCAAUGAGAAUGACCCUCUGUCAUCCGUACCGCCCUUCCCAACACGUUGGGUGA